ACGUACUUUCUAUUGCGCAGCCACUGGUAUACACGUGUCGAGCUAGGUUCAGCCAGCUAUCCAUUUAGGUGUUAGUUGGGAACCUUCUCAGUGAAAUCAUGACAACCGAAGACGUGGAACGGCUGCUGAUCCAGUUUCAGGAUGAGGCUGGGGAGGCACUGGGAUCCCCCUUUGACGUUCCACUGGACAUCACCCCUGACAAACUACAGCUGGUGUGCAAUGCACUGCUGCAGAAGGAGGAGCCCGUCCCGUUGGCUUUCUUCGUACGCGGGGAAGCGGAGAUCGUGUCAAGUCUGGGAGUGUGUGUGAAUGCUCUGUGUGUCGAGACGGAACAAGUUCUGCCCGUGGUGUACCAACCACAGGCCGUGUUCAGAGUCCGUGCUGUGGCCCGCUGUACCAGCUCUCUACAAGGACACACAGAGGCAGUCAUAUCCACCUCAUUCAGCCCCACUGGCAAGUACUUGGCCAGUGGCUCUGGGGACACCACAGUGCGUUUCUGGGACUUGACCACCGAGACACCCCACCAUACCGCCAGAGGCCACACCCACUGGGUUCUGACCAUCGCCUGGUCACCUGAUGGAAAAAAGCUUGCCUCGGGUUGCAAGAACAGCCAGAUCUGUGUGUGGGAUCCGGUCUCUGGGCAGCAGAUUGGGAAGACACUGACAGGACACACCAAGUGGAUCACCUGGCUCUGCUGGGAGCCACUGCACCUUAACCCAGAGUGUCGGUACCUGGCCAGCAGUUCCAAGGACGGCUCUGUGCGUGUGUGGGACGCGGUGCUGGGCCGCUGUGAGAAGAUCCUGACGGGCCACACCCAGUCUGUCACCUGCGUGAAGUGGGGCGGAGACGGACUCCUCUACACCUCCUCGCAGGACCGGACUGUCAAAGUGUGGAGGGCCAAAGAUGGUGUCCAGUGCAGGACGCUCCAGGGCCACGCCCACUGGGUGAACACCCUGGCCCUCAGUACGGACUACGUGCUCCGCACCGGGGCCUUCGAACCUGCAACGGCCACAGUCAACCCUCAGGACCUCUCUGGAUCACUGGAGGAACUGAAGGAAAGAGCCUUGCAGAGGUACAACAAAGUCAGGGGCUCGACCCCAGAGCGCCUGGUGUCGGGUUCCGAUGACUUCACCAUGUUCCUGUGGAACCCGGCAGAGGACAAGAAGCCCCUGGCGAGGAUGACGGGCCACAGCGCCCUGGUCAACGAGGUGCUCUUUUCCCCGGACACCCGCCUCGUCGCCUCGGCCUCCUUCGACAAGUCCAUCAAGGUCUGGGACGGCCGCACGGGCAAGUACAUGCUGUCCUUGCGCGGCCACGUGGGGUCCGUGUACCAGGUGGCGUGGUCGGCAGACAGCAGGCUGCUGGUGAGCGGCAGCAGUGACAGCACGCUGAAGGUGUGGGACGUCAAGACGGGCAAGCUGAACAUGGACCUGCCCGGACACGCCGACGAGGUGUUUGCUGUGGACUGGAGUCCUGAUGGACAGAGAGUAGCCAGCGGAGGGAAGGACAAAUGUCUGAGGAUAUGGAGAAGGUAACCCUGUUCCCAGGCCCUUCUAGCGUGACUUUGCACCAGCCAACCGACCAAUCACGUGCCUCGCCGACGUCAGAAGGUCAGCCUGCUCGCACGCGUCACCGUGGGCGGAGCCGGGAGACAAAGACUUGACCUAAUCCCCCACUGGCCCACAGCGCAGCGUUUGUCAACAAAGACCGUACGUCAGAGGGCUGUAGGUCACGGGGCACGAGACAGUGGAGGAAGGAAGGGAUAAAGGAGGGAUAGAAGGAUGGAGAGGUGAAUGGAUAGGAGGAAGGAGAGAGAUGGAGGGGUGGACCAAAUGAAAGGAAAGGGGGAACUACAGUGUGAAAGAAAAGAAAGGUGGUGGUGGGGGGGGGGGGGCGGAAAUAGGGUGAGGAAGGAGAACCAGCGAAGAGAGAGAGAAGCUUUCAACAGAAGCAGGAGAGGAAGGAUGUCUGGCCUGCUGUACAGGUCAGCCACAAGCUAAUCCAAGUAAGAGCAGCAUGUGUGUGCCCUCCUUCUGCUUGGUCUUAGCACACAGCAGACAGGACAGCAGGUGGAGGGGCUAAUGAAUGCAGCUGACACUGACCUGCUCUCUCAGGUCUUAAUCUCCUCUCUCCUUCCCUCCAAACCCACAGUGAUUUAAGCUCUGGUCUGCUUUCUACUGACUGGACUAUAGAAUCUAGGUACCUAUUUACCCAGGAUACACUCUGCUCUGUCAGCCUUACCUGUACAAUACAAUGCUAUUGCAAAGUUAAUAUUGUAUAUCUCUUAUCCCUCUGUAAUGUUGGCUUCUUGCUAUGUCAUUAAUAAAGUUAUACCUUCAAAUAUACUAUA